GCUCUUUCUCGCUCUCACACUCGUUUGGUCUUUGUUCAAUUUACAUCGCAGUCUCUGCACCCACAUUCUUUGAAGAAAAGUUUUCAGCAUAAUCUCUAGCCAUGUUUUUCCGCGCAGCUGUCGGAGUUCCUCUCCUUCUCUCAACCCUUGCAUCCGCCGCAACGAACGGUACUUACCCGGCAAGCACCACCACAAAUCUCCAUUGCACCACGAAAAUGGGCAGACACUCCGCUUGCCCGGUCCCCACCUGUACGAAGCUCUGGACUGUCGAAGCGCCUCCGGUCAUCAUUCCUUCAUAUACGCAAACGACGUUGACACAUACUGGAAAUGCCUCUACGAUCACCUCAACCGAGACCAUACAAGCAACCGCUACAGUCACGGCAUCGACUAUUACUGAUACUUUCUCGACGACUUCGAGUGAAUAUGACACCAUCACCGAAACCACCAGUACUACGACCACGUUUACUGAGACUGACACUGUGACAACGACAUCCACCUUCACAUCUGUCGUACCAACGGAAAGUGGCUUCCAAUUUGUUUCUGAUACGCUCAAUGGGUACCCGGGCACUGCGCAAAAAAGGAACAACUGGAAUCAACUCGAGGCCCGCGGGGCGAAUUCUACCGAGCAUGGUGUCCCGAAGAAGGAUUACCCCCAGUCUGUUGAAUGUUCCGCUGAGAUAAUGGUUCAAUCAACCAAGAUGGUUACCGUAACACUCAGUCCAACCAUUACGAUUGUCACUCCAGUUCCAUCCAGCACGACUGUGCAAACGACGGCAAGUCUCCUUCAUUGUCAUCUCAGACAGUCGCUCACUUCUCCCAUAGACGACGUCUACCUCCACUAUCGUCCCUGGCAAUGUUACGACAACGGCAAGCUUCUCAACUACCGAAACCUUGACCGCAACCACCACUCUGUCUUUCACCGAGACAGCUACGACUACUACUACCGUAGUAGCUGCAGCUGCAGCUACAAGUCUCGCAGCUUGCUCCGCCGAUAACAUUGUUGGCCCAGUUGGCAACCGUUACAUCUACAACGUCUUCAACAUGGGUCCGAAUGCAGCAACUAUCUACGACUUCGCACAAACCACGAGCUCUUACGACUGCUGUACACUAUGCAUCAACAAAGUCGACUGUACCGGCACCGCCUGGCAAAAUGGCGGCUGCUACUUGCUGCAUAACCCCGCCCGCACGUGCGAUAGCCAAAGCUCGACCAGUUCGUUCUUCAUAGCUUCGGACUCCUACAGCUCUGGUUACCAAGUUAGCAACGGCAACUGUGGGUAUCUGUAUGAUUAUGGCAAUUCUACAUGAUCAUGGCAAAUCGUAGAGGUCCUAUCGUGCUCAAGAUAUUGCUAGCGGAGUGAGGUCACAACUGUAGCCUGUAGCAUUUCAUCUUACCUCGGAUACUAAUUUUUA